UCGCCUUCAGCAGUUGCAAAAGCCCCCAGAAGCGAAUGAGGAAUGAGGUUGGUUCCUCUCCCCGCCCCACCGCCCACCCGCACGAGGAUCGGCUUCCAACUCACCUAGAGCCUUGGAAGCGCCUUGCUCCGGCCCGACCCUCGCAACUUUCUGACUGGCCCACUCGGACCCCACCCUGCGGCCAGCUCUACUUUGACUUGGAAACUAGUCCCUCGGGGAUGCUGCGGUCACAAGGAAGGAAGGAAGGAUGGCGGCACGUUUCGACCCAUGUGCUUCCCGGUUACGAGCCGCUCCUAGCCCCCGCUCCCCACCCUGACUAUGCACAGGUGCAGGACGCAGAGCCCAGCUUCGCCCUCCCGGGGCUUUGGAGCCGCCCUGCCUCCCCGCACCCCCCGGACACAUCCCGAGUCCUUCCCGGCAUCCAGGCAUCAAUUCCGCUCCCUUCCCGGGUCCCGGGCUCCAGGGUGCCUAGUUGA